AUGGGAUGCACAAUAACUUCUGAAAAAGUGAGCCAACAGAAAACUAUGAUGAUGGAAUCCACUUUUAACAAAGAAUAAAGAGAAAAGGAAUAACGCAUCAAGGCCCAUCUAAUUCUAGAUGAAUACAGGUAAACAAAAACUGUCAGAAAGUAAGUGAAACUCCAAUCUGAUGUUAAAGAUGCCCUACAAGAAUAACUGUGUCGCAACAAAACAGCCACACCUCAAAAAUCCUCCAUAGCAAAUUGA